CACAGCUGCACAACCACUACUGCCAGAGUAGACUAGUUGUGAUUCUAGAGUCUCUAGACACAAAAGAAAGUUCAUACAAUAUGCCCGGGAUAUGUUGUGCUGUUGGCUGUAACAACAGUCGUCAGAGAAACCCCAGACUACAAUUUCAUUCAGUCCCAAAGGAGCUAGAUCGGCGGAAUAAAUGGCUGGCUUCAAUCAGAAGGGACCGCUGGCAGCCGACUUCUAACUCCAUAUUGUGCUGUCAACACUUUACCGGAAGAAAAAAUGACAACCCCAUGAGCCCUGAUUAUGUACCCAGCCUGUUUGCACACACUUCAGCUGGACAGCGGCAGAAAAACAUCUAUGCCAACAGUAUGUUUGAGCAUACCCAGCAGAUGAAAUGGAAAAAAACUGAGACUUUGGCCCCUUGCAGUGACACUGACCAUGAGAUUGUGGCCCCUUUCAGCACCAGCGAUGACACCGACAACACCAUAUAGAGGCUUCAAUGUCAGAGAUGCAGUUGGCCUGUAUUGUGCACAGUUGAAAAUACCAGCAUUCACCAAAGGCAAGCAGCAACUGCAUCCACUGGAACUAGAUGCAACAAGGGGCCAUCAGGAUCCAUGUGGAAAGAGUCAUUGGCCUGGUCAGGAACAAGUACACCAUCCUUCAGACCACCAUCCCACGGUCUCUCUGCCAAUCAGCCACUCAAGGACAACCUACCUCCCUUGACAAGAUGGUAACAGUUUGCUGUGCUCUUUGUAAUAUUUGCCCAUCUGUGGUCCCCACAGAAUAGACAGGCAGUAGUUGCAUGUAAAAUGUAAAACUUGUACAUCAAGGUAAUAAAUGUGACCUUUACUGUAACCUGUGGACUUAUUGUAUUUGGCUUUAAAUAAACCAGCUGUAAUAAAGUUCACUUUUAAUA